AUGAGUGGAAUGGAUGAAAGUAUAAAAUUAUCAGAUCAUGCGAGUAGAUUACAUAAUCAAAUGAUAUCUGGUGAUGAUACUACGAAGUUAUAUACUCAGCAAGAUAUUCAACAAUACAUUGGUAUUAAAUCCACCUUAGGUGAAGUAAUGUUAAUAGUUCAAGAAUUAGUUGAUAGGAAUUUAUUGAAAUUAGUUAAGCAAAACAAUGAAUUAAAAUUCCAAGCGGUUGACAUAUCGGAGGCUGCGAAGAAAUCGUCGAUGUCAUCUGAGGAAGCGUUAGUUUAUUCGUAUAUUGAAGCGUCGGGCCGUGAAGGGAUAUGGUCGAAGACCAUUAAAGCACGUACAAAUCUGCAUCAACAUGUAGUGUCUAAAUGUUUAAAAUCGUUAGAGAGUCAAAGAUAUGUGAAGAGUGUUAAGAGUGUAAAAUUCCCCACGAGGAAGAUAUAUAUGUUAUACAAUUUGCAACCCUCGAUUGAAGUUACCGGUGGUCCAUGGUUUACGGAGGGGGAAUUGGAUGUAGAAUUUAUCAAUAGUCUAUUGACCAUUGUAUGGAGAUAUAUUGCAGAGAAUACGUUUCCUGAUGGAUUUAAUACCAGUAAUAAUCAAAAUUUACAAAAGCAUUAUGCACCAAACGUAUUAAAUGGUUCGACAACGGAGCAAAUUCUUGAAUUUAUUUCGAUGGCGCAAGUAGCCAAUGUUGAAUUAACCACGAAGGAUAUUCGUAGCUUGUGUGAAGUGCUAGUAUAUGAUGAUAAGUUGGAACGUAUAGAGCAUGAUUAUUACAAAGUGACAUUGCAAAGUCUAUUACAACUAGGGAAGAUCGGACCCAGUGGAGUAGAAGAAGACGAAGAAGAAGAUCGUGAAAACGAAGAAGAUCGUGAUGCUCAUGCUAAUACUAAUAGUAGUAGUAGUAAUAAUGUAUCAUCGAUCUAUGACGAUGAUUCACAAGAUUUCUGUGUAUAUGAUUAUUACAGAGGUAUAGCGCCAUCGACUAAUGAUAAAGAAGCGGUAUAUUUUGAUGAGUGGACGUUGUAG